AUGAAUGGUCGUCCGAUGGCCGCGACGGAAAAUCAGGUUCUUUGUGUUUUAUCAAUCAAUCACGACCGCGACUGUGAUGACGAAUGUGACACUACGGCGACACGACGACGGCUACAAGGACAAUGUCGCUACAUGCACACGUUCACAUGGCCAUUGUCCAUCGCUACCGGACGACGGUUGGUGGACGGCAUUCUCUCUCCGGUCGGCCGCGCGGAGUUUGGUUCGGUUGACUCGGCUCGGUUGACAUUCGAUGGGAUGGUUGUUAACCUCGAUCUAUGGUCUUCUUCAUGUCCAUCCGGGAUUGCUUUCGCUUCAGUUUGCCAAAGUCCAUUCAUUUCUUCUACUUCAGUGUCAUCUCAUUGUUUACGGUUUCGAUCUUUCGGUUCCUUCACGCACAAAGCUUAUUCGACUUACCGUUCUGACUUUCGAACGUUAGCCACCGCCUUUCUGUUCUAA